UGUGAAAAUUUAUGUUGUUUUGAGAAAUUGAGAUACAGUCAUGUAGACCCAGUAAUAAAUCUAAUCUAACUUCUGCUCAAUUAUGGGAAAAUACAGCUCAGAUGAGGAUCGAAGAAGAUCACGGAGAGAUCGCGAUGAAAGACGUCGUCGUUCGAGAAGCAGAUCUAGAAGUCGGAGCCGAUCACCAGGCCGACGUCGCAAGGAACGUCGGAGAAGAUCGCGAAGUAGAGACAGUCGACGUCGGAGAAGCAGAAACAGACAUGAUCGGAGAAGUUCGAAACAUAGAAGACAACAUCGUAGUUCGAGGUGGUUUAAUACUCAUUUCUGAUCUCUGGUACAACAUGCUGGGAAAUUGGGAAUGAGGUUUUUAUAUGUUAUAUUCAUGCUGUCUUCUGAUCUAUUGUAUUUUUUAUUUUUGAUUAUUGCUCCCUGAAAUCGGAUCGUUUGGAUCGUAAGUAGCAAGUCACGAAGUGGUACGUAAAGUUUUAUAUACGAUUGCGAAUCCUACAGUGGCGGACACAAGGGGCAAUUGACAGUUGACACUUCGCACAUCCUCCUGUAUUUUCUAAGACUUUCAGGAUGACUAAUAUAAUUCCUGAGGAUUGUGAAGCUAGUCUUGGCUCACUCACACCAUUAUUGUGAAGCUAGUCUUGGCUCACUAACAAAUUACCACACAAGAAUCCAUACACCGUUCUGGUAUAUCAUCACUUCUACUGCAUAAACCAUGUCCUUGUAUGUGGCAGUGGCCCACUGUUAUUUUUUCCUUAAAUUAAAGAAUGCUCCCUCAAUUUUAACAACUGAGCAUCUUCCGAUAUUAUGUAUCGAUCAAUUCGAAACUUCACCAUCCCCCCCCCCCCGGGCAUACCCCGGGAAUUUGACUUCAAGUCUUCUCCAGGGAGUAGGGAAUUUGACGUUCUAAGUCUUCCAUGUGGUGGGGCAUUUGAUAACGGGGUGGGGAAUUUGAACCGGAAGUCUUAAAAUGUUGCCCGUUUUCGCGUGCUUCCUGUAUGCACAGAAAAUACUUCGUAUUGGCGGCAAAUACAGUUUUCUCAGAUUUCGAGGGAAACGGCCUCAAUUUUGUGAAAAAACUGGCUCAAAGAAACGGGCAUGGAAAAUCUAUGUGUUUCAUUUGAAGGUAUGUACUACAUAACUGUGUAAAACUGUUAAAUUUCCACAAGGUAUCCAAACUGUUUACGCGAAUUUCGCUAUCUUGUUGAAAACAUUUCCGUAUAUUUUGUACUUUUUGUAUUUACUGUUUCCUAAUUUUCAUAUGAAGGUGGGGCAUUUGAAUGCUUAAUUUCUUGUUACAGUGGGGCAUUUGAAGACAUUUUUUGCACAGAGGGUGGAGAAUUUGAUCAGUCAAAUUUCAAAAAGUUCAAAUUCCCGGGGUCGGCCCGGGGGGGGGGGAUGGCGAAGUUUCGAAUUGAUCGAUACAUUAUGCUGCUGAAUCUUUGAAAGUGUAAAUUGAAAAUCUGUUCCUCCAUACCAAUCGUAACUGACAUUGGUACCCCCAGAUGCAUCUAACAGGUUGAUUAGUUUAAGUACUGUUUAUCAAGUGCUCUGUAGGCUUAAAUAUUAGAAUAAUAAAUCAAAUCAGUGACUGAAACAAAAUAACCAAAAUAGCUAACUCAAUAAACUCAACCAAGUCCUCUGGUGCUAGGUUUAUACUUUACAACAGCCCAGUGGCGUAACAUUAUAUCAGGGGGCCUCCGGUUCAAAAUUUUCGAAGGCCCCCCUGGUAUAAGUGCCAAAAGCACGAGUCGACCGCCGUAUACGCACAAGUUUUUUAUUGGGUCCAGGGCAUGCUCACCCAGAAAAUGUUUGAAUCUAGAGUCUCUGAAAUGCCAUUUUCUGGACUUUGGGGAGAGAUUUUACAGAAUCCUGAUGGAGUGAUGAUCAGAAAACGACAUUGUAACACAUCAGAGAUCCUGGCCAAUGUUUUUGCCCUACAGCCUGUGGGGCCCCCCAUUUGGCCCAUUGGGGUUGGGUCCCCCGGGCUCUCUCGGUCCGAGCCCAUAAUAGUUAUGCCACUGCAACAGCCAGGGCGUAAUAAAAAAAUACCUGUGAUUCCGGUUCCCGACCGACCCUAUUUUUUCUACCGACCCUAUUAUUUUUCAACGCAAUUGACCGUGCAACCCUAUUUUCUCCGGGUGGUUGCGGGCUGCUGCCAAAAUGGCGUACCUGUUGUCACACUAAUUAUUGAGAGAGAAAAAAACAUGAAAAAAAUAUUCAAAAAAAAAUUAUUUCCAACCUACCGACCCUAAUUUUUCGUGAUAUGAAACCAGAACCAGAGAGGGUUUUUUUUACGCCCAGUGAGCACUAUCCACCAAAUAAUGAUUUUUCAACAUUUGUAAAAAUGACUGAUAGGCUGUGAAACUACGGAUAUGGACCCACAAUAAAUUAGGUAAACUUUAAUUUGCAAUAGUUUACUAUACGGCUUGAAAACAUCACUAUCCCGUCUGUGAGUAGCUCUGUCCUGCCUUCAUGUAACUUUCCCUGAUAAAAUAUGACAGAAACACAUGCCCUGUGUGUUAUAUUAACUGACAGUGAUCUUUGAAGCCCUGACCUCAUUACAAUGCGAGCAUAAAAAUGUAAAGAGACUAAUUGAUUCAAUUGUUUGUUAAAACCAAAAAAUGGGAUAAUUUUUUUAAUCCAAUCCCAAAUCUGUUUAAAUCAGACACAGUACACAUUUUAACCCAUUAAAGCUGCAGAGCUUCAAUCCCUAUUGAUGAGUAAAAUCGCCUGGCGUUAGACAAGUAAAAAAAAAAAGUAGGGUGCAUUGCGGCUCAAUGGGUUAACUAGGGACAUUGUCAGAUUUUUUGGUUAAUUUUAACCCAUUAAGCUGCCGAGCUUCUCCUUUGACGAAUAAAAUCGUCUGGCGUUAGACAAGUAAAAAAAAUAAGCAGGGCACACUUGGGCGCAUUGCGGCUCAAUGGGUUAAGUGCAAGCAUUUUGCUAAGAACACAUCUUUCUGAAAUGGGGACAAUGGCAUCUGUGAGAAUGUUGGAUAAUUGCAUGUAGUUUUUAAAUGCAUUUGAGCAGUUACCAAAUGUUUUAUAUGUCAACACACACAGUGCUGAUUUUUUAAAUUUGUUUUCCUAUUAUUUCAUUUAUUUCAGUCAGUGUAUCAAUAACUGAACAGACAACGGCAAAAUCUUAUCUAUUUGUUAAAUUUACUCAUCAGUUGCAUGACAAAUUUGGCUAAUUAGUUACAAUUAGCAAUACUCUAAUAGGAAAGGACUGCUUGCUAUAUUCAUGUAAUCUUACAUCUCUUGUAACCAAAUGACUUCCUAAGGCCUAGGGUACAGAGCAGUUAGAGUUCAUGCAUAAAAGCUUUAUAUUAUAUAUAUAUAUAUAUAUAUAUAUAUAUAUAUAUAUAUAUAUAUAUAUAUAUAUAUAUAUAUAUAUAUAUAUAUAUAUAUAUAUAUAUAUAUAUAUAUAUAUAUAUAUAUAUAUAUAUAUAUAUAUAUAUAUAUAAAUAAGUGCAACGACUCAACAAAUUCCACUAGGCAUCUUUAUUACUAUUAGUUUCGUACCCAUUUAUCUGAUGAGUGCCACAUCUUGUGGUACGAAACUAAUAGUAAUAAAGAUGCCUAGUGGAAUUUGUUGAGUCGUUGCACUUAUUUAAUUAUGCUCUGGAUAUCCAUUGAGCACUCUGCCAAAUGUUUUUGUAAACAACGAAACCUAAUUCUAUAUAUAUUUAGAACAACAGACAACUGCAUGUCAGAAAUAUAAUUAUGAUCAAACUAACAGGAGCAUUACUCAUUACUACAUUAGGCCGUGGCGUGGAGGAACCUCUAUUUUAAAUUUUGUUGUUAAUUUCACAACUUUCAAAUACUUUGCAUGUAGUUAUCAACAUUUGUUACAUUUGGCGGUGAGAAUUUGAUAAAAAUUGGCAAUAUAACGAAGCAAUGGUUCGGAGGCCGGUGCAUGCUUGUCCUGUAACAUAAGGAUUAAGGGUCAUGAAGUUUUAUUCUUCACCUUUCCUCUUGGUAUGUUUGACCAUCAACAAAUGCUGGUUAAUUCAGUUGAAACUUAAUGUUUCGAGUUUGAGUUUGCAAAAUCCUGUCUCUAAUGUCACUGUAUUUUUUCAAAUGCGAAAACAAUCAUGUGAUUUGUCCAAAAAGAUGUUUCUGAUUGGCUUUUGGUUUAGUGAUGUCAGCAUUUAAACGUGACUAGGUUCUUGCUAAAAAGAUUUGCUAUGAAAAGUUAACAAAAGACCAGAUAGUGCAAUUCAAGCAAUUCCUUUGACCGGCAGGUAAUCUUGAACUAGGCAACUAGCACAAGCCGGAGUUCUACUGACUUGUGUGAAAUGUCUUGCAGGUAUAUGAAAGGCGAGUAUAUGAUUGUAAGGCACAAGAAUAGUGACAGUUAUAAUAAUUAUAUAGCCUAUAAAUAUAUUAUAGGCUAUAAUAUAUACAGUAUGCAGGAUGUUUUCUUGCGUUCUUUAUUAUUUCAGAUUUUCAAGAAAUCUUACACAGUAUAUUAAGUUGAUGUGUUCCAAAAUACCAAAUUGUUAUUAUUAUUAUUGCAUGUUCAUAUUUUGUGUUGUCAUUCUACAUGGCUUGACAAUUACAGCAAUACUCCAGUAGCAAAUACUGUUAAAGGCACAGUUAAGCCUUCUGAAUGAUGGUUUUUAAGACGCAUUACAGCCCUUUUAAUUGAAAAAACUAAGUAAGCAUAAUUCAAGAUCAGCAAACUUAAUGGUUUUAACAUUUUAAAACAUUUUUAUUGUUAAAGACAUUGAGUUCACUGAUCUUCAAGGGCUGAAAUGCGUCGUAAAAACCAUCAUUCAAAAGGCUGAACUGUGCCUUUAAAUACUGUAUAUACUGUAGUCAUUACAAAAUUAGUUUCGAUUAGCUAAUGCCUAAUUUGUGUUUUGUUUCUUUAGGUCGACACCAUCGCUCACGUAGCCGUUCAAGAAGCAGAUCACGAAAACACAGAUCACGAUCGUCAUCUUACGACAGGAGGAAAACUAGGUACACUGCAUGACCACUGUAAUAAAUAAAUAAAUAACUAUCAUUUGAUUUUUUACCCAAUGAUAACAAAAUAAACAAAAAGGACAUGUAAGACCUUGCCAUGCGCGCAACUGCUUAUUUAAUUCAGGUUGUUGAAUGUUGCAAUUAAUCACAGUAGCCACCUUGUUUUGCAAAAUAUAGUACUAUUAAAUUUAAUAGGAUAACAAAGUAAAACGGUUCAAAAUUUUUAUAUAAACAGUGUUAAUUAAAAUAAUGCUCUAAAUAGUACUUAUCGCUUCACUUUCUUUGUAUGUAUUUCUUCUCAAUUCAAUCAAUCAAAAAGUAAAAUAAAGAAUCUAUAAGUCGUUACAGGGUUCGUACAAAAUUUGAAAGUCCUUGAAUGUCCUUGAAUUUGUAAAGAAGUGCUUGAAUUUUUCUUGCUUUUGUUUCUCGAAAUUUUUCUUGCUUUUGUUUUUCGAAAUUGUUUGACAUUCAAAACGGACAUUUUGUUGGAUUGAUUUUGCAUGUUCAUAUCUGACAAAGCUGUUUGAAAGUCAUUAAAGUUCCGUUUUGAACAAUUCAACGUCAGAUUUACUGAUUUCUGACCCCUUUUCUUCAGUAUUUAGUCCUUGAAUUUGCUGAUGCAUGGCCUUGAAUGUCCUUGAAAAGUCCUUGAAUUUCACUCUUCCUCACGAACCCUGUCCUUAGUCCUGACUACAUUUGUGCAUGUCUGCAGCAUACAGCGACACAGCGUUGUGUUUAGUAUCAAAAUACCUUAAAAACACACUGACCGUCACUGCAUGUAUAUAUGAAUAUCUUCACUGUAUUUAGUUUUAUAACCCUGGUUCUGACGUUGCUGAUGACAUAAUCGCGUGAAUAGUGGAGAUUAGCACCCUCGAUAAACUGUAUCUUGUUGCCAAAAGUCAAUUAUUCAUGCUAUUCGUUAAACAAAAAUAUCGUCAAUUUAUUCUUGACCUAUGAUGAUAAACUUCACUAAUCUUCGUAUUGAACUAUUCGGCAAAUAAACCUGGUUAAAAACACUAUGCCAAAAAUUAGAGGACGCAACAAACUGUCGAUAUUUUCUUUGCAGGAGUAUGUCAAGUUCUUCAGAAUCGUCAGAAUCAAGAUCUGGGACUGGGGUAAAGUUUUGCUUUCAUUUCUAUUUUUCUUGUAUAUCAGACCAAGUAUAGCCGUAUUGCUACUAUUAUAUCUCAUCAAUGUGAAAUAGGGCAGUUCGCAGCGAUUUUACUGCUCCAAUCAAGUCAGGACAAAAAUGUCUCUGACAAGCAAACUUUUCACAAUUGACAAAAUUAUUCUUUUUAGUGCAAUUUCGUAAUAAGUGUAUAUUACCUAUACAAAAUACGCUGCAGCUACAAUACCUGUAUCUACAAAUGAAUCAAACGGACAUCUUUAUUUAAAUGACUAUAUGUGAAUCAUUCAAUGAACUAUGACUAUUGAUUAUUACUGAUUCAGUGACUGGUUGACCGUUAAGAGUAAAUUGGUUUUCGUGAUCCAGCCUGGCCUAUAUAAUAUGAAACCUUUACAUGAAUAUAAGACGUCAUUGAUGCAUUAUGAAUUAUGCAACAUGAAAGAACUUCACUUGUGUCUGACGUUCGCCAAACAACAACAAAUGGCUUCUUCCAUGAACGAAACGUGAAUUACAAAUGUGUUCGUUAUGAAUAGUAAAUUGAAGGCCCUAUAUAUGCGAUAUCUUCGAAAAUAUUUGGAAUUAAGGAAAAAUAAUCGAUGGAGGACCAAUUAACCACAGAUGUGGGAAUUAGUCCUCCGCGUCUUACCAUUUCAAAUAAAGUCUUUAAUUUGCAGAAAGAAAAAAAAACAGACGCGAUUGUGAAUUAUUUAAGUCUGAUUCUUUUUAGUCAUCAAGCCGUCACAAAGAUGUUAAAAAAGACUCUUUAGGUAAGUUCAGUAUACCGUAUCAACCUUGAGCCAGUAACAAUUUGUUAAAACGCUGCUUGAAAACGAUUUCGAUUUACGAUUCUUGGAGAAAUGUUACUUAAAGUCGACCAUGUAUUAGACACCACAUCGUUACACCGGACUAUAAGCUGCUUCUCAGAUUAUUUAAAAAUGCUUCAAACAUGUAUUAAAGUAAUCAAAUUCUACAACUUUCAUUCUUGUUUAUACUUAAUUGACACCGCGCGUCGUCGAAUUUGCCGCGUCAUAGAUGUUAUAAAGUCUCACCACUUUUUUUCUCGGAUCGGAUAAAGAAGGCAUACAUACAACGUCGUUCCCAUGCAGGUAGGAACGUAGAGGAGAAAGCCUGGGAACGAGGUUGGCACACAUUUACACUUUCCAAACAUACUCACCUUGCUAGCCUGUGUCACAGACCAAUAGUAAGGUGUGUGACACAGGCUAUACUAUAACACAGGAUUUGCCUAUACUAUAGAUAUAUUUAACAAUUAUUCGCCGAAGUCGAGGUGAAUAUUCCCCGAUAAUCACCGAGCCCGAGGCGAAUAAUAGACAAUUCCCAUUAUAGACUAAUUUUAAAACUAGGCAAGGAGAUGCAAAUAAAUCACCACAGCUAGAAAGAGCAUACUAAAAUUAGUAAAAUUACAAAAUUUGGUUGCAAAAUGUUGUAAAAUGUGGAAAAUAUAGCCUUGCAAAGUUCGCAAAUUUUGUAUACUUUUGUAUUGCGUGCGACCAUUUUCGGCCGAAAUGUGGUAGGAAUGUGGUAGGAAUUUCCGCAAGCAAUACAAAAGUAUACAAAAUUUGCGAACUUUGCAAGGCUAUAUUUUCCUCAUUUUACAACAUUUCGCAACCAAACUUUGUAAUUUUACUAAUUUUAGUAUGCUCUUUCUAGCUGUGGUUUAUUUGAGUUUCCUUGCCUAAUUUAAAAUUAGUCUAUAAUGGGAAUUGUCUAUUGUUUUAGUAUUUUUGCACAAGUUUUUUUGUGUUUUUCUGGUCUGAAUUCAUUUUAAUUUCGCUUAUUUCUUUAUCACUAACUUCAACAAAACGGCUAGCCGCCAUUUUGAAAAUUUCGAUUUUGUUAUGUUCACCUGUAGGUGAAUAUAACAGAUUAAUACGUCAAAUUUGACCAAUCACCUUGUAGGAUUUGUUAUGUUCACUUGUGCAAAAAUACUAAACCUAUAUAACAUCUUUAUUUGUAGUUGUAAAUUAACUACGGAUGUUUAUAACAAUCUGAGGAACGUACAACCGUUGUGGGUUUCGAGACCUUCGCAGUGUAAAUUUCUAUCUUCACAAAAAAAUUCUUUAUUUUAUGUUCAGUAAUGCACUCUUAUACCAUUUACACUAAUAUUGUAAAGGUACUCAAGACUCAUCUUCCUAUAUUCCAAGUGCUGAUGCUUUGGCCAAAAUAGAAAGUGGUGGUUUUGUCCCCGAAGCAUUUGUAUCGCAUAAUUCAAGCAAAGUAGGUGUCUCGGUUGUUUGCAAAAUGACAAAACACUGUUUCUGUGUGGAAAUAUUCGUUUCAUUUUUUUGUGGUAAUGAUAGAAUGAUAAAUAAUUCGAUAAAUACGCCAGGGAGACAAAUUGCGCCAUUAAGGCCUAAUUCCACGACGAGCGAAAUGCGAAAAAUUUCGCGCGAAAACACACUUGUGCGAAAAAUUUCUCUCGUAGUGAUUUCCACAGUAAAGAAAAAAUCGGUUGAUUCGUUUCGCUAUUCCAAAACAUAAGCAUUUGAUUGGCUUCGCUAUUUCCAUUUCGCUACGGAGUAGAAACGAAUUCAACUACCCGGCAAAGAGAAAUAUUUCGCAGAGAAACAUUCCAAAAUCGUGUUGCGCAUGCGUUCAACCUUUUCGCGCGACAUCUUUCGCGUUUCGCUCGUCGUGGAAUUAGGCCUAUAGAGAGGUUAAGAUUGACGUUUGCGGUAGACCAGUAACCGCUGACUUCAAGACGUAUUUCGAGAUCAACUGCAUGUAAGCUGCUCGAAGUUAGGACAAUUUGUGCAUUAAAAUUGAAGAAUGAAUUGGCUAAAAACCUGUCGAAACCUUCGGAAACUUGUAGAACUUACCUUCAAAUGCGAUUUGAAGUUUCCCAUUUGCGGUUACCAGUCAGCCUUAAACAGGGACGUCGCUACAAGGGGGGGGGGGGGGGUAUCACACCCCCAAUAAUUCAAAACGGUCAAAGUUGGUCAAAAUGGAACUAAUAUUUGCUUAAAUUUGAAGGUUUUGGUUGGUAAAAUUUGGUCAAAGUUUGAAAUAAAAGAUGGUCAAAGUUAUGAAAUCGUUAGCAAUUUUAACAGUUUCUAAGCUUUGGUCAUGCGUUUGCGCGGAAACAAUUGCAAGCCUUGCUUAUUUUGGUCGAAAAAUAUUUGAAGCUUUGCUUAUGUUAGUCCGGAAAAUCUUAUGACAACCCCCCGCCGUCGACAACAUUUUCGGGAUACAUUUCUACUACUUGGUCAAAAUUCUAGGAAAAGUUGGUCAAAAGAUGACGACACCCCUCCCAAUGUUGAUGUCUUCACGACGUCCCUGGCCUUAAACGUGAAUAUUAACAUCUCUAUUGCUACUAAUCCCCUGACGAAGUGCUUCGCUAGAAAUCUCGAAGUGCUUUUAAUCUUUUUUCAGGUGAAAUACUAUACAUAUACUACUUGCCUCUUUCUAAGCCCGACAAGUUUUCUUACUUGUGGUAGUUUUCGUCAGUGACCUUUUAUACUAUACCCAGGGUGCUUAUAUAUAGGGCGGUGAAACGGCAAUAGGGGGCGCUGAUCGAUGUGUGAUGCAAUGAACUGUCGUUGUUGCGUCCUGUUGUUACUAUGGCGACGUGUCUUAUGGCAAGAUAAAUAUGGCGGGAAAACUGGGCUGGAAGUUUUGACUGUUUUGUAGUCACAUUUUGAUGAAGACAGAUAUUGGGGGUAAAAUUCCGAUGUUACACUUAGUAGAUUCUGCUAUUGUAUUUCCAGGUACUGUAUUAAUCCUUACGAGGAGCAUAGUUAAUGUUAUCUUGGCGCCAGCUUGUCAAAAUAUUUCAAAGUUGACACGAAACUUUUUCGACUAUUGCAGUCAACAUCAUAGGUAGCCCACUAGGCGACUGAAUUUAAAUUAAAACUGCAGUGAAAUUCUAAAAUUAACGAAAAUAAUCACAAAUAAGCGAAACAUAUUGCUAUAUGUAGCUUAUAUUAAAUCGCCUCCACCCGUUUGUAGUUGCACUAUCGGUGAACAUAUAAAGUAUACCUUAUCUCAUUGGCUGUCAUUUAGACGGUUUUUCGACGUUUUAAUUAAAACCGUCAAAAUGACAGCCAAUGAGAUUGGGAAUUCGUCAUUUGAAACUCCAUCAAAAACGUCGAGCGUGGGUCCAGCAGCAUCCCAUUCAAGAAUUGAACAAAAUUGCAAAAACAUUUCGUAUUUUUCUCGCAUUACAAAUUUGUUUUGUACGUUAAAAUAUUGUUAGUAUAUAGUAAAAGUAUCGUAGAAAAUUUAUUUCCGUUAUUAUUUUAUCGUAGUUGUAAAGAUAUUUGAAGUAUUUUGGAUUGUUUGAAGGUAUAUGUGUCGGUAGUUUGAUUGCAUUUCCCUAUGUACCUUAGGAAAUAAUACAACUAUACUUAUGUCUCGCCCGUGCACAGGCAACCAUAACAUUGGCCUGCCUAUGCUCCUUGCAGGGCUCUCAGAACGGAAUUCCAAAUUUUCCUUAGACUCAGCGGUAAAAAUUCCUUAAAUCGACAAAAAUUUCCUUAGACUUGGCCUAGUCUCUGAGGAACACUCCAGUGGCACGCGAUAUAUAGGCGCAAUUGGCGCGAAAAUAUGUAAAUAUAACUUUUUUACAUCGGAAAAAGGCGGAUUCUGAAUUUUCUGAUUUUGAAUCCAAGGGAAGCGCUCCAAAAGACUAAAAUUGAAAAAAAAAGUAUAAAAAAAAGUUUUGAGCGGGAUGGACAAAUAUCCUACUUUUAAACAUUGGCUUGUUGCACCAAAAAACGCGAACGACGAACCAUCAUGCAAAGUUUGCUGCAAAAAAGUUUCGAGUUCGAAAACUGCGCUUCAAAUCACUCAGAAACAUACGCCCGUAUUCUAAACGCUCACUCACAGUCACACUCACUGAGUGGAGGUUCAAUCUGAGCUUUUCUUGAGUGUCAAUGCUGUUUUUGAAUAGCUGGAGGGUGAGUGGUCACAUAGUAAGGUACGACACUCACCCCCCAGCUAUUCAAACACAGCAAUGACACUCAAGAGAAGCUCAGAUUGAACCUCCACGGGCGUUAAUUAAAAGAACUAAAUAUGAACAAUAAAAUUGAAGAUGAUCAGCGAUUGCAGUAAAAACUACUGCCCAAAACUUUCAUUAGGUCGAUGGAUAUAACUUAUAAGUAUAACAAACAGUGUAAUAACUAAUUAUUGUUUGGAGUGUUUUUCAACUCAAAAUUCCUUAAAAAUUCUAUUUCCUUAAAAGUCUCCUUAAUUUAAAAAGGUCAAAAUUUCCUCAGUUUAAGGAAAUUUCCUUAUAAAUGAGAGCCCUGGCUCCUUGUCAACUUUUGCCGAAAAGCACGCUUGUGCCAGUCCUUUUCCGCAUCACACAUCGAUCAGCGCGUUGCACCGCCCUAUGUAUAAGCUCCCUGGCUGUACCCAUGUGCUGGUACUGUACUGUAUAGUAUUUUAUUUUAUAUAGAGUGAAAAUGGUGAAUCUGCACAUAAUUCUCACGAGAAAAGUCAUGAAGAUGCGAUGUUUGGAACAAGUGGUAGUCAUAUAUCAAGCACCAUUACUAAUGUAAAAUCUAAUAACGUUCAUGUAUUAUCGGAAAAGGAAAGCGGCGUCAUGGCAUCGCUGGUGAGUGUGCUAGAAGCCUAGAGCAAGUUUGUUUACAUUGUUCAACUCGUGAUGAUGCAUGCAGGCCCUGCUUACAUGAGAUCAGAACAGAACAAACAACACUCGUCUCGUGUAGACGUUGGCGUCACUGAACAAACUUGUGCUGCGCCCACUGCGCACGCCCAACGUCAAUAGCAAAUUCAUUUCACAGUGAAGGACUUGCCUUUGCAAAGUCUUUAACCCCAAACGUUUCUCACUUUGUUUUAGAAUCAACUUUAUAUAUUUGUAAAAAUGUAUUUACGCUAUACACAUGCAUGCAAAUAAUACAAAAAUGUACUGUGUAUAUUAUGUUAGUUUACGAAUUAUACGUACAAAUUUAUAUGUUCUGUAUACUGUGAAAACAAGUAAUUGCAGAUCAUUAUCUUCAUAAUUUGAACGUACACUAUACUGCAUGGCCGAAUGGCUUGUUUGUUAUAUUCGGAAAUUAAUGGUUAUGUCUUCAAUAACUCGAAAAACUAUAAACAACCUUUUUUCUCUCUACGAACAGUUGCACGAACAGGAAGACGUAAAGAAUGACAGGUGGAUGAAGAAACUGCAGUCAAUGCGAGAGAAAAAGUUGUCAAACACUUGACGUGCAUGGAAUCAGAACAAACAUUACUUUGCAUGCCUUUGUUGGCCAAAAAGAGAACUUGUUUUUAUCACUCAUGCAAUGGUCAUAAGCUGAAGAGAAAAGCUUAUCCAGGAAAAGUUGUGACUGAAUGUCAAAAAUGAACAUUGUUUCAAGUUCUACGAAGGAUUCGCUUUGGUCUGGUCAGACCAGUGCCGCGUAUAUUCAUCGCGGUCUGCAUGUAAUUCAAUAACCAUGCAUAUAGAUAAUAGGACAUAAACUGGCCAUGCACAAGUCAUUAGCCACGUGGUCAAUGUUAGAGCCAUAGUCAUAGAGACCGACUUGGUGGGCUCUUGUUAAAUUGAUACAAGUAAAUUAAUGUUAAUAAUUCUGCUAAUAGUAAACUAUUUAACAAAUAUAUUCAUUUGUCUGCCAAAAAUGGAUAUACUCAAUAGAUUUUUUUGUGAAUUGUGUAAAAUAUUUGCAAUUUUAUAUAAUUGAUCUGAU